AUGAAAUCGUCAAAUAAAGACGAUACUUCAUCUUCCGAGCAAAGCGACGAGGAUGCAGCCGUUUUUAUUUAUGAUCGUAGAGCUGGCAGCAGGCCGGAAGAGAAGAUCCAGUUAGGCGGCAUAUUCAAUUUUAACACUUUCAAAGAAAAGACCCGAGUGGUAAGUUAAAGUUGUUGAACUCUUGAAGUUUUUUGAAAGUGUUCUAUUGUUGUUGAAAGUCAUUUUAAUUACAGGCAACCUGUUACUAUUUAAAAGAUGUAAAUUUAUUUUACAGGCUUUCAAUAUCCUAGAAAACGAAACAUUUGUGAUAGUGACAACAAAUCGACAGGAAAUCCUGGAUGACAAGACUUAUGGUAUGGCAACACUAAACAUCUUGAAUGAUGAUUAUGUGUUUCAGAAGUAAAUUCAACUUUCUUUUUGAACUCGUUUUUAGAGGAACUUGGUGCCGUUGCAUCUUGCUGUAAGAUCAAUUUUUUAAAAUGUAACCUGACAUUUGUUCAUACCUCUUUCCGCUAACUUUUGUCAUUUGACAGAAGAGUUGGUUGAUGGUAAUGAAACACUGUAUAUCUUGACAUCGUCCAACCAAGAACUGAGUGCUCCAACGGAGGAGAAGGUGGAAUAUAUCCCUCAUUAUGACACUUUGGUCAAAAGUGGCAUGUAUGAAUAUUAUGCUAGCGAAGGACAAAACCCAUUACGUAAGUAUAAUCAAAUUGUAUUAUUUAAUUAGCAACUGUAGAAUAUAUAAAAAACUCCUUUUCUAUUCUUUUAGUCAGGGUUAGGGAAUGACUCUACCUUCAAUGCGACUUACAUUUUUCUCAUUAUAUCUUUCAUAAAUGUAAUUAUUGUUUUUAUCAAGUAUAGUGAUAAUAAUAAUGAUACUAACCACAAUAAUUUUGAUAAUAAUGAUGAUCACAAUUAUAGUACAGGCAGAGUUCAAACACUGACCCUGACCCUAAGCAAUUACUGUUACCUUCGUUGGUAAAUUUGGUUAGGGUCUUGGAUAGAGAAAACAAUGACAAAAACAAUACAUUGCCAUUGGGAAAACAGAUUUGUUUUACAAUAGUAUGGGGCUGAGCAGAAAUUUUACCCCUUAGUUCUUUACAAUCUAGCGAUCUUUAGCUCAUGAUUUAAGAAUUUCUUUUUUUUGGCCAAAUGUGAUGAAAUGUAAAUGUUUUUCUUUUAUAUUUUUUUUUGUUUUGUCUUUUUAUUUGAGAAAAAGACAUUGGUAAAUGAGUUUGAGAUACCAAUGGUAUUCUGGACUUAACUUGUUGUUUGCCUUUAUUUCAGCAUUUGCCUUUGCUGAACUUGUAGACAAUGCAAUGGCAGCUACUGCAGAAAAUGAUGGAUCCAGAGAAAUUGAAAUUAGAUUGGUAUGGCUUUUAGCUUCUAGUAUGAUAAUAAAAAAUAUGUUUUAAAGUUGUCUCAAGUUCCACCAUGCUGUACAACUGUGUAAUCUUUUUUUAUGUUUUUUUUAAUUUUCUAUUUGAUUUUAAUAGUGAUCCUUGCUUGCUUUCAUGAUGCUUUAUUACACAAUAAGAUGCAAAACCAACACAAAUACUAGGUGACUAGCAUUUUCUGGCACCUCAGGCAAUUCACUUGUUUUUAAUUCAUAUCGUUUCCUGCUUUCACAUCAGUGACACACUCAACAGUGCCUCACAUGCCCCUAUUAUCUUCUUACCAUAUUUUGAUAUCAUCAGUAAUCUAUUAGGUAAUAGACACACAGCAACUUGGGAUGUAUUUGUUAAUUUCUCACUUUAUUUUCUCUUAGAAUGGUUUAAUGAUACAGACAUGUAUUCCCUAUCCUUUUUUUUCUUUUCUAGAUGUUUGAUGAUUCCAUUGGAAAAGCUGUAGUGUGUGUCCUUGAUAAUGGAGCUGGCAUGACAUCAAAAGAACUCAACAACUGGGCUAUUUACAGGCUGUCAAAGUUCAAUCGCCAGACUGGAAAGAAGGUGUAAGUGAACAAUUCAAUACAAAGCUCACUUCAGUUUCAAUCACCAAUACCUUUGGGUAUUGUAACAUGAACAUUGUAAAUCUUUGAUAUCUCAGUGUAGGAGAUGUGCCAAGGUCUUUAAACAGUGAUAUUUCUUACUUUGGUGUUGGUGGAAAACAAGCCAUAUUCUUUAUUGGAGAUGCCACAAGGGUAUGUACUUGAUCAUUUUACUACAAUGUUGUCAUUGUUGAUGUGAUAAUAGAGAUACAAAUGUUAUGUUAGGCUUAAAAUUACUUCAUAUCUUGGAAUGAGUGCAGUGGGUCAGGUCACAACAACUAAACUAAACUAAACCAGGCAUUUCUGUAAUGAUUGCUAUGAUACCUUGAGAUAUGAAAGCAAGUUGAUUAUGUGAAAUGUAGUUUCCUAGAUAAUCAAGGAUGAUAAUUCUUGUUAUUGUUGAACAAUUGAAAUUAAUGCUACUGAUGAAUUAGUACAACUAUUGAUAUGUGAUAAUAGGUACUAAUGAUUUAUUUUUUAAAACAUUGAACUGUACUUUUUCUCUUAAAUACACAAGACAACUGUAAUCUACAUACUUAGCAGUUUCCAUCCCAUAGACAUUUGAUAACAGGUGUUGAAGGUGACUAUUGGUUUGUACUUUCUUGUUACCUCGCAUCCUCAGGAUAUAAAAAUUUUGUUUUUCAGAUGAUUACUAAAUCCAGAGACUGCAGUGAUAUUCAUGAACUUUGUAUUUCGCAAGCUGAAUUUGAGAGAAGAGAAAAAAAGAAACAGUCCAUCUAUGGGGGAGCCAUUCUCAACAGGAGGGUAAGUUAAACAGAAAGAAUUCAAAAGCUCUCAUACUGAAAAAUGUUAAAUUAUAUCUGUAAAAUACUGAAAGAGGACUAACCAUUUGCUCUUAAAAGCAUGAAUUAAUAUGAUAUUGUGAAAUAAAAUUCUUGUAGGCUGGAGAUCACCAACACAUUCCAGACGAUGAAGAAAGUGUGAAGAAAUUAGUAGAGGAAGAGGUUCAGAAGGAGAGUUUCACUGCAGUAGUUAUAACAGGAAUAGCUUCAGAACAUAUUCUUUAUUUGAAGACACAUUUCAAACAAUGGUGCAGACAACUGGCGUAAGUAAAAUAUUUUAAUGGAUAAUUAAAUGGUUGGGAUAUAAGUUAUAUUUGAUUCUACUGCUUUAGCUUGCACAGUUUUCAUCUCAUGAUCACAUGGUGAAUCUUGUCAUGUCUAUAAUAUUCUAAAGGCACAUAUAUCACUACUACAUUCAUGGUCCCCGUGGAAAUGAGAAGCCUGUUGGAAGAGGAACCACUGCAAGUCCUUUCAGGAAUAUUGAUAUUCAUGUAAGUUUGUUUGGGAAUGUUUCUUAUUUUUAACAGUUGCUCUUUUUAAACCAUGGUGUUGGACUAAGUAAACCAUUUUACUUGAAAUACAUUUUAAUCUAUUAUGAGAGUAACAGAUCAUUGUUUGACACAGACUGAGAUCCUGUAAUGGACUGUCUUUUCCAGCCUUGCUCAUGUUAUUAUAACUUGAAAUAACAAAGUGGAAUUAAGUCAAAAUCCUGUAACCGUGCAAAAGCAAACUGAACAGAAACAUAUAUCGGGUUACAUUUCACUUAAUAAAGUUUUAAACUUACUAUGUUGUUAUUUGCAUUAUGAUAUAAAAGAUGUAUUUGUUCAAAAUAAUAAAUAAUACUGAACAAUGGAAAAAUUUGAAGUUAACAUAUAUUGGAACAAGUAAUUAAGGCUGUUAGAAUAUAGCAGUUUAGAGGAAGACAUUGAUCAGAGCUUGAUACCAUUUACUAUAGGUUUCUCUGAUUGAAAGAGGUAAACAGGCCAAGAGAAUGCAACUACGAGAUAUUGAUGAUGACAUGCAGACCCAGUACAUAAGGACAGCAGCUUCUGUGUUUGAAUUCCGUGCUCGUGCUGAAUCAGGAGGAGUGGUAGAAGGUGUGCUGCGCUAUCAUCCAUUCCUUUAUGACAGAGAAACAUACCCGACUCUUGAAGGAGAAAUUCCAGGUAAAAUUUGCCAGUGAAGACCCAUCAAUAUUUUGAUACCGUUAUCUUCAGUUGUUUACCUCUAACUGAUACCAAUAUCCCUCUAUCAAAUUUAAGCUUAGUCUGUAUCAUUCCCUAAACAGUUGUUGACAAUGCUGAAGAACUGGCUGAUCCAUUGGAAAAGGAUAGCAGAGCACCCAGAGGAAGCCGUCCAAUAUUUGAGUGUUACUGGAAUGGAAGGCUCAUUCCAUAUACUAACAUUGAUGUGUAAGUUUUCCAUUAACAAUUUGAUUAGCUGUCAUAAAGUGACAAAGCAGUUACUCUUCUAAUGCCUUUAUUUUAUUAUCUUGGUUAGUCUUGAAUGGUGCCAGCCUCCAAAGAAGUGGACAAUUCCCUUGGAAUGUUAUCACAGGUGAGUAUCUUAGAAGAUUUUAUGUUCUCUAGGUUAUUUAAUGAAUUGCAGAUUCUAAAACCAAGUAUUGAGAUCACUGUUAUGGUGCUAGGAUGUGAAAAAAUAUCAAGCAUACAAAUGCAAUUGGAAUACUACUAUCAUAAAGAUUAAAACUUCUGAAAUUCAAUACAAUUUCUUGUUUUUUCUGUUUUGUGUCUGUCUUCAGAAUUGUAUAUUUAGUAAUGAUCCAAUCCAAAUAUCCAAAUAUUUUAAUAUUAUAUAAAACUUAAAAGUUUUCAUCAACUUUGCAGAUUUUCCGGUUGUUUGUGGACAAAUGAUGCAUUUCAAGUCAGCACAAACAAACUGACAUUUAUGGAUUUAGAGGUCAAAAUUAAAGACAAGAACACCAUUUUCAGCAGGGUCAUUCUAGGACAGGUAUAUUAUAGAUGAAGUUAAAAUAAUUUUGAUAUAAUAACAGUCACUUGUUGAUGAAAUCGUUGCUACAUUUCUGUUUUAAGGAGCAAAGAGUCAACAUUUCAAGAGCAUUUUAUGAUUGGGUCAGAGAAUGUCAUGAAAAUCAUGACAAACAGGUACAUAAGAAAAGUAUCUCUUAUUUAUUCACAUGUUGUUGUUGUUUUUUAAUUUAUAUAUCUUGUUUUAAAUCCACUGACCUCUAAUUGUUAAAUUUAGGUCAAGUUCUUAGGGUUUCAAGGUCAAAUAAAACGUCCUGACCUGCCACAGAAGCGAAACCAAAGUCCUUGGUGUGUUUUUAAUUCUAUUGAGUGGGAUGGAAAGAUCUUUAAAGUUGGACAGCUGGUGAGUACCAUGCUAAAGACCUGAAUUUUUACACAAGAAUUAGAUAUCCCUGCUCAUACAGUAGCUCUUUUUAAUGCACUUCCUAACAAUGAGAAAUAAACAAAUUAUGGUUACCAUAAAAUAUGCAUGUAAUAAACAUGUCCUACUAUCAUCACUUGAAAAAUUUCAAAAGUGUUUUCAUAGAUCUGGAGGACACAUAUUUUACACUAGGUUCUUCCAGACUUUUGUUUCACUACUAUUGGCUUGUGUUCAGCUCUCUUCCACUCAGAAAAAUACCAGGAAGGAGCUACCAAACACAGGCCUUUUUUCAGAAACAUAAUUUACAAUUUGUUCUUUGUUGUUGUACUCUAGCUACUAGGUACCUUCAGGUCAAAAUGAUUUUUCUAUGUAAUAAAAGUAUGUAGAAAUAAUAUUUUUCAAAUGUUUUUCUUGACUAGAUAAGGACACAAAGAACACUACCUUUGAUUUGUGGGACAGUAAAGAGAUUUCUUCUUUUUGGUGAUCAUGAUGGAGAUGUAUUUGCUACUGGAGGAGAAAUGGAAAUAGUGCAGGUUUGUACUGUUUAAAUGUUCAAUAUUGUCAUACUUAAUAACACAUGAUAUGACACUGUCUGUGUUCCUUAACAGGAGCCAGUUUCUCUGUAUGGUGACACCAAGUUCUUCUCACUGGCAAAGCUAGAUCGAAUGCUGAACCCUGCCUUGAUCAAAAAGUUUAUUGAUGAGGAAGAAGCAAAGUAAGACUCAACACAAAUAACUAUCUCUCUUUACCAUGAAAAAUUUUACCUGCAACACUUCAAAAUUACCAUGAGAACUUUUUCACAAACUUUUAGAGAGUGCUCUUAACAAUGAAGAUGAACAUUUGAUCUGAAUUUUGCAUGCAUUACUUUGAUGAAAUCUUCACAGUGAUGUUCAUUGUUUUCUUUGUAUUGAAAAUCUGAGACUCGUAUUACUUAUUCUUAGUGGAAUAGAACCUAAUCUCUGCUUGGCUGUCCCCCUGGAAAAAACUUUUAGUGUUAAUUGGAUCUUUGUUGUGUUAUCCUCAGUGGGCAGAUGUAAAUUAGUGCUGGAAAAGUGAAGCACUUUGACCAUGCACAUUUGGGAACAGAUUUAAACCUAUGUAUCAAUCAUCUAUAGUUCCCCAUCUGAAUUUGGCUAAAUCUUACUGCCAAGGAACUCUUUGUAGUCCAGCUUUGACAAAUAACUCUGUGACCAUUAAGUAUACAAAAUAAUUGGCAGAUUUAGAGGUUUCAACAAAAUAUUUUUCUUGAGCAUGUUACUAUAAAACUCUGCAACAUCUUGACACAAUGUUUCAUUUAAGGUUACCAAGUAAACUGGUGUUAGAGUGGCCAGAGAACGACAAACUUGAACCUAACUCUAAGAUACCAGCUGGAACCACCAUAGGUAUGAACAUUGUUCUGAUAACAGAGUGAAUCAUCAUAGGUAUGAAUGCUGCCCUCAGGAAAACAUGAAUCAGUCAUCAUGUACCAUAAUCAAUCUCAAGAGAGAAUUUUGCUCAAGCAGGGUUUACAAUAAUUUGCUUCUUGCUGAAUUCUUUAAAAUUUUUAAAACUUCUCCUAACCCCCCCCCCCAAUUAUGCCAAAGAAUUUUACUCCAGACACCACCAUUCUAUAAGCUACUUCAUACAAGUAGUGUAAUGAAUUUGUAUGUACAACUGUAAUGUGCAGUCUACCAACAGCUGUUACUCUAGUUAUAACUUGAAAACAUAAUUUGAUUAAGAAAUAUAUUUUCUGUGCUUCUAACUAUUCAAACAGUUCUCCAAGAGAAGGUGAAAAAAAGUAUAUUGAAUAACUAGUUUACUACUUGAGUUUCGUAAAGGGUAAAAAAGCUGAUGUUUUGAGCAUCAGCCCUUUGUCAGAGCAAUUGACAAUUAUUCUGAUGAAGGGUUACCACUCAAAAUGUCAGCUUUUUUUAUCCUUUACAGUGGCCAAUUUACGUUUCAACUCAGUCGUUAACACUAAAUUACCUGCCAUACUCUCCCACCAAGGCAGCACCACAGUUUCUUUAGAAACUUACCCCCUUUACUACUUGAGUAUGUCACAAUUUCUUGUGUUUUUUUUUUAUGGUAGAGAUAUUCAGAUCAUAUGGUGUUUGGAGUAUGUUUCUUUUUACAAAAUCAGUCUUAAUAAGUCUUUAAACAUUUGACCUUUCUGUUUUUUUUAAUGUUUUGAAAAUAGUUCAGUCUCUAAGAGGGAGGCCUCCAGCUUUAUCCACCUCAAGUGUACAAGUGCAGUAGUUAUGUGUUGGAAAUUUUUAAAACACUUUUUUGUCAUCAUUUGGACAGGUGCUAUAAGGGUUGAUAUUCACAAUGGUAGAGGAGAAUCAGUCAACAAAGUGCCUGGUGACAGGAGAAGAUUGUUGGUUGAACUAAAGGUCAUCUGGCAUGGUAUGUAACUAUGCUGAGUGACUGCCUCGAGGUCAGAUAUAUUAGCUUAACCCUUUAACUCCCAUGAGUGACCAAGACAGACUUCUCCUUACAAUAUAAAUACAAUAUCAUGCAGACAAGUGGUGAGAACUAAUACAAAUAUCAGUCAGGGGAUUAUUAGUUGAUCCAAGACCAAAUUAACAAAACUAACAUUACAAGACUUGUAUAACAGACAGUAAGGAGAAUUACUAUUGAGAUCUUGUGAGUAAAAGGAUUAAGCUAUGAUGUCUUGCCAAGUCAAAAAAUAGAUUUAUUGUCUUGCUAAGCCACAGAUAGAGAAGUGCUUUUCAUAAUAUUGGUAUGGUUCUAUAGGGAGACCGAGAGCAAGCUGCCUGGUCCAUUUCACUCAAAAUUAGUUCUCCUUUUCCCUGGCAGUGGGAAACAUUGGGCUGUGAGCCUUCUCCACUCUGUUUUUUCCUUGCCAGGUCUAUCUCAUCUUCCAAGGAGAUGUUUAGGGCCUUCCAGUAUUCAUAGGGGUCCUGGAAAACCUGGAAAGUCCUGGAACUUUAUUUUGACAUUUUCCAGGACUAGAAAGUCCAGUAAAAAGACUGCAGGUUCUUAACUCAAGCAAUAAAGUUUUCAUAGUUUAUGUUAUUAGAAAUGUAUUAAUACUGUAAGUAGAGAUGAUUUUUUAAAUCUUGGGAAUGAAAGGUUUUAAGGUGAAAUUUGGUGACCUGGAAGAAUCAAUAUGGGUCUUGGAAAAUUCCUGGAAAAUUCUAGGAAUAGUACUGGAAAAUUACUAGAAAAGUCCUUAAGAUUUGUUACUAAAAAAUGGUAUGAACCUUGUUCUUCAACUUUUCAAUGGUCUGCCCCUUUUAUGUUCCCUUGCACUGGUGGUUACCAUUUUGUUACAUGUUUAAGCGAAAAAAAAGGAGCAAGCAAAUAAUUAUGUGAACAAGACAUAUCUUUUGUUUUAAUUAUCACUCACAAAAUCUUCUUUUGACUUGUAGGUAAUGACAAAGAUGGUGAUAAAGUGAUAACCAACCAUGUCUGCCAACAUGGAGGAAAGAACUGGCCUUACUGGUUCAGAAAAAUGGGUACUAACAUCUUUUUAUCUUUAUCACUGAUUCUAGAGUACACUCAGUAUCUCCAGAUGUUUAAUAACAUGUUACUAGUUGUCACUGAAAUAUUCAAUUAUGGUUACUUGUUCUUGCAGAGAAUAUUACACAUUUAGGUCCUCAUACUCUCCAACUUCAAGUGUUGUUGGGUGAUACUUCAGCUGGUUCUUCAAUCAAGAGUCUUCCUUGUCACGGAAUCAAGUUCACUGUAACAGGUGAAGUGGCUCUCUUUCUUCUUUCUUGUUCUCUAACCUGAAGUAUAGCAAGAUUAAUUGGUUAACCUUUGAACCUAGGAGUUAAAAAAACUCCAUAGUGUGUGGCUGCCAGAGUUUAACUCAAAGAUAUUAGAGCUGGACCUAUGCUUUUAAAUUUAAAGAAAAAAGAAAUAAGGUUUUGCUUGUAUGAUUUUGAGAAAUAUUUUUACUUCUCGAAAAUGGCCAUGUCUGUCUGUGACUGCAGUCUCAACUACAACAAAGGCAUGUUUGAUGGUGUCUUUGUUGGGAACUUAAUUGUUAGUUUCUAACAUUUGUGAAUUGAGCUGUCAGCAAUAAACUACUGCUUAGGCCAAUUGAAUGCCUGUCAAGCAAUUUGUUUUUGGGUUUUCCCUUUGCUGUAGUAGAACGACAAAGCAUGACAAAAGCACUAUUUUAGAUUAAUUAUUGUUUGCAGUUAUAUUCUCAUUCAUCUCAGCAGUGCCUUUCCAGCCUUGCCAUACCAGCAUUUAGUCCAGAAUCAUAUUUCUUUUGCUAACAUGGCUCUUUUGCUUAUUAAUAUUAUUUUUUAGAGGCUCACCCAAAUAAAUUUACAGUUGGAAUGUUGGAGACACCUCUUAGAGUUGGAGUACCUUUCCAGGUAUGGAAAAAUUUUCGACUAAUUUGGUUUCACUCAGGAUGAAAUUUAAUAUGGUUGGACAUUUUGAUAUGGCAGCUGUAACCUUUUUCUAAUUACUCUUCUUUCAUACUUAAGAUUCCCCUCAAUUUGUUGGAUGAAUUUAAUAACCCGUCCAAAUUAACAGAGGAGUUGUCUCCAAUUUUAAAUGCAAGGUAAGAACUUCUGCUCAACAACUUGUCACUGAAACACUAUAGUAUUCCAAGCUAUCAUGAUUUUGGUUGCAAGGGAUGAUUAGGAAAAAUUUGGCAACUAAAUUUGUUGUGCACAGUAAGUUACCCAUUGGCUGUGUUUGGCAGUCAUAUAGCAAGUUAAAAUAUCUUGGUAACUUUCUUUGACAUGGUCUGAAGUCAAAGUGAAGUCACUUAAAAGUUUCAUUUUCAUCAAAAAGUUGCUUCUUCCUCCUUGGCUGCCAAAUUGUGAGGCCUUGAGAAGCUGUGUGAGUCUCCAAAUCAAAUGCCACCCAUACUACUCAGCCCUAUGAUUUACUGUGUGGCUAGUGACUUAGUACAAGUUGUAAUGAUGUAUUGGGUGUAUUUUUCUAGAGACUUUUGGCAGCCAUAUCAUGAUUUAAGGUCACCAUAUGGCAGCUUUGAAAAAAGUUGAACUUGGAGCCCUGUCAAAGAUUCACCAUUUUCUGUAGGAAACUUUGAUAUAGAGAUCAUCCUUGAUUCUGACAAGAAUCUUUUCCCUCUCACCAAACUCCAAGUACUUGCUGAAUCUCAAGUGUCUUCAGUUUUGACAAAAAAUGCCACUAAUUGUUUCUCAAGUUAAGUGGUGUAUUCAAGGCUUAUUCCAAGCAGGUUUAGAUUGUGAGAUUGAAUUAAUUGAUGUUGUGAUGAUGUUUUUCCUAUCUGUGGGAAUGAGUUUGUUACUAGCUGGCACUAGCUUCUGGAUUAAAAAAAAGAAUGGUUAAGUUAACCUUAGUCUUCUCCAGACCAAUGGGUAAUGUGGUUAAAACAGAAUAUUUUUGUUUGGCAGUGGUCUGGAACUUGCUCAUCAAGGGACAUCAGUGAAAGGAAACAGCCUGAUUGUCAAAGGUGUAAUUGCCUUAGGCUCUGUUCCGUCACAUGCAGGCAAGGUGAGAGGUGAUUUACAUUGUUUUUGCAUCAGUUGAUGUAUCAACAAAGCACCUAACAAUUUCUCUCUUUGAAUUUCAAACCUUGCUCAGUUGGCUUGAUACAUACUGAUUUUAUCUAUAGUCCCAAAUUUAAGGUGAGCUGUUAUCAAAAUGCUGUCUGGCCUACAAAAUAAUAACUAGAUGGAAAUAAUUUUCUUUCAUUAUUGACGAAGGACUUCAAUCUAAAGAUCACCCUGCCGGGUCUUGAAGAAGGUUCACAGAGCUUGAAAAUCAGGUUACUACCAGGUGAAUAAAUAUUUGCUGGAUGAGAAGUGUAAUGAUGAAUAUGUGGUAGAGAUGAAUUUGCUUUAGCUCUUAUAUUAGUAAUGGCCUAUGUUACUCAAAUCUGUGGUCAGUUAUGAUAUAAUUUUCUGCUGCCUUAUGUGAAUGGAAGGUGGAUGCUUGAGGUGUUCAGAGUCUUUAGGUUAGGUCAGUAGUAAUCCCCAGAUAGUAUGCCAACACCCAAUCUCUGCAACUUGACCACAAGAACCCAUUCAAGGCAACUGUUGAUGCCGAUUAGAUCUGUGGAAGGAAAAAAGAUAGUGGGUUGUGUGUUUAAAUGUUCAAAAAAACAAUUUUCACAAAACAGCUUGAGACUGUUGUAAAACAGUGACCGCCAAACAGCUUGUGAAUUAUACAAUGAUGCUAGCUGUAAUGGAGGUGCAAAGUUCUAUUUGAGAGUGUACCCUUGAGACUGAAAACCUCAUGACAAUUUGACUUAAAACUGAAAUCAUGGUUUUCAAGUGGACUUCUUGAAUAUUUUGUAAUUUUUGUUGUUUCCAUAAACACUACAGUGGCUAUAGUAGUCUGUAAUUUCUCAGUUAGGUGACAGUUGCUAACCAGAGCAUUAUGUAUCGCACAGGUCCUCCUGAAUCAUUAGUAGUUACUCCUGACAGUGAUGACAUCACAGUUGAAAACAACAGCUCUCUUCAGUUGCAAGUGCAAGUCCAAGAUAAAGCUGGCAACCUUACAGUUCAGCCUAGACUUAAUGUUGUCUGCAAGGUACUAUUUUAACCAAAUUAUUAGUUGUGUGUUUCAAACUGUGGUAUAUAGUUUUUCAAAUUUUAUACAAAAAAUGUAGAAAACAUUUCUGAUUAUGUCUCAUAUGCCUAAAUGUGUACCAUGCCCACUUUGCUCAAACUUCCAACACAGAAUAUCUCCAUAAUUCAGGACGUUCAAUAGCUUUUGGUGGCUGGUCUUUACUGAAAUUUGUAUCCUCUAUUGUCUUCUAAUGUAUGUUUGAGCAGGCUGACCAUGGUCCAGUUUUCCAUGUUGAAGAUUACUUUGUAUGAUCUUCAUGCUUGCCCUGCCAACAGUGUUCAGAGAAGUGUAACCUUGUUUAUGUAUCUGGGUAAUGUGGUGAAAUGAUUGAGCUUUUAACAGUAGAGGCCCAUUGGGAGUGUUCUGAAGUUUCCAUACACAAUUAAAGUAUUGACUAAUUUGUCUUUUACAACCUCUGUUUCAGCUCACAGGCACACCAGGUCUACCUACAUACAUUGGAGACUGUAGCUCUUCAGGGAAAGUAACAUUAACAGGUCCUGAUAUCAGUCUAAAGCAAAUCACCAAAAGUUCAAAACUCAAAGCCAAGAUUGAGCUACAGGUUUGUUAUAAUGUUGCAUUUCAGUCUCUUUGAAUCAACUACACUACAGUUUUACUUAAACCACUUAUAACAUUUACAUGUUACUAGCAUCACAAGGAAGUGCCUGCUGUGGAAAAGAAUAUUGUGGUGACACCCAGCAGUAAAGCAGCAAAACUGGAAGUGUUUCAUGAACCAGUUGAUGGCAAACUAAAGAAGAAAGUAGAGGAUGGACAAGAGUUGCCAUGUGUAGUGGGACACAUGUUGACUGGAUUAAGUAUGUACUCUGUCACCAUGAUCAUAGUUUGUUGAGUUAGUCCUAUUUCGUAUGAAUGAGCCUAUGCAACACAAUCCUAAUCAAAAUAUAUCAAAUUUCAGUCAUUAAUUGCAUGAAAUGUGUGCUGCUGAAAGUUUUGUCAGGGUCAAAAAGUGGAAAUCAGCUACAUGAAGAACACUUUUAUAAAUACUAACAUCAUGUGGCAGAAGACUAGAGGCUGAGAACAACUACAGCUGAAAUAAGUACAAAUUCAUGUGGCAAGCAUUUCAUUUUACAAGGCUUGUGAUUUAUUGUGUUCUUUACACAUUGACAGGUUUUAGAAUUCUGGAUGAAGGUCAGAGAGAGGUUACCAUUGACUACUCAUUAGCAAGCAGGUUUAAGGUAGGUGGGAAAAAAGGGCUGGGUGAGGUUGGAUUGAUUUUGACCUGAGGAAUACAUGUGUUAUUGUCUUGAUAUUAAAUUUGAAUCAUUCAGUAAUGUUUCUUUGAUAUAUUUGUAGGUGAACUGGACUCCUAAAGUCUCUAAAGAUCUCAUCAAACAAGGAGUUCUUCCAGACAUUAAGGUACAGUAUCUUUGCUAUGAGCAAUUAAUUAUGAUUUAAUUAUGAUAAGUUUGGUUUUUCAGAGGUGAAGCUUUUUUACAAUAUGUUGUGUUCUCUCUGUUCCAUGACAGGCACCUUUUUCUUGUGAUGAACCAAAGUAUUGUCAAGUUAGCAUGACUGGUGGAGCAGGACUUGAGUUUUCUUUCACAAUCAAGUAAGCAGUUUUUAUAGUUUUUUAGCCACACAUUUGUUAAGGGAAUGUUUUCUUGUUUCUAAAGUAAUUAAGAUUCAUCUUCAGUGUUCUAUUCACAAACUUAAGGGCAAACCAUUUUACAUGUUGGUCAUCUUUUAAUGAUAAAUACCUCUUAUUUCUGGUCAUACUUUGUCAGACCACUGGCUGAUGUGCCAAGCAUCCUCAAGUGUUUAUGUGAUGAGCCACGCCUCAGAUUAGGGGAACCAUUAUCAUCCGAUAUCAUCCUGUCAGCAACUGACAAACAUGGCAACAAAACAGGCAAGGUAAGAAGAUUUGUGCAAAGACAAUGCAAACCUAUCACUACUGGCUCCCUCAAUUUCCUUAUGUUGUUUAUAUCAAGAAGAUCCAGUUAAGGACAAAAUUAGUGAUGAAGAAAUCAAUUACAUUAGAUGAUGUAAUUUUAUUCAAUAGAUGACCUACCUUGUAGAUACCCUAAUUACUGUAUUUUAGUUCAUACUUCAAUUCAAAAAAUAAAUUAAUUAAAUAAAUAAAAUUAUGAGUGCAGUUAAUUAUUUGAUUACACAUUUAUUUGUAGUUACCAAAUAACGUGUUACCAGAGUUCCAUGUUUCCUCUGAUGGAUUAAAAGAAAGUGAAGUACAAUUAGGAUUCACUGCUGUAAGUGUCUGUUGGCUUUUAUUUUAAGCUCUUAUUUAACUGUUAUUCCACUCCAGGCUGUAAAGUCAUCAAUCUGUUUACACUCUCCUUCAUUUUUUUGUGUUACUGGGUGGCUAAUUUAAUAUUAACAUUUUUCUGUAGGAUGGUAAUAUAGUAAUCAAGAACAUUCAGUUUGAAAAUGGCCCCCUUGGACACAGAGAACUGUCCAUUACAUGGAAGGAAAUUAAAUGUUAUCAAAGAGUUGAGGUAGCUACAGUUAAAUCAAAACCAUUCACAUGGGCACCUUUCUUGGUUUUUUUUUUUUUUUUUUUUUUUAAUGCACAGUCAUGUAACUAAAAGUUAGAUUCAAAUAGUUGAUUAUCAAAGUAAAGUUUAAACUUUUCUUUAUUAGGUAUAGUUUCUUUGGAAACAUGACAUCACUGCCAUGGGGAAGAUCCAAGACUUUUUUAUGUCUCUUAUAGUUAUAAUUAACUGUCUUUUGAUUAAAAGGGGGUAAGUUUCUAGAGAAACUGAGGUGCUGCUUCAGUGAGGGGGAGUAUUAGACAAGAUAAUUUGGUUUUAUCACCUGAGUUGAUAGUGUACAUUAGCCACUGGAAAGAGCUUCUAACCUGACAUUUUGAGCAUUACCCCUUCGUCAUUUGCUCUAACCAAGGGCUAACCCUUGAAACAGCAGCUUAAAAAUCUCUACAGUGUCUAUACUUUACAUUCAUCUCAGUUGAUGAAGCCAAAUUGUUUUGUGUUUUGUGAUGUUUGUUUGUUGUGAUUGCUUUUCACAGGUUACAGCAGGUCCCCCUGCCAGACUCAAGAUUCUGGAUAUUAACCAUUCAGAGGUGCUAAGAAUUCUUUUAAUCUUAUAUAUACUUUUGUUGUGUUAGAGAUGAAAACAAAUUAAAUUAUGUUCCUCUAUUAACAUUUGUUAAACUGUGAUGACGAUGUUGUCAUUAAAGUCAUCCACAUGAACCAUUUACUGUGUCAGGAAAAUGCUUGAAUUGUUAGCUGUUGAUUGGGAAGUCUCUUUCCAAGUUUAAAUUAUCAUAAUUUAGCUUUGAAGUCAUUUACUAGUUUUCAAUACUGACAUUUAAAUUUUCAACUUGUCUGUUGUGUAUGAUUUCACGGCAGCCACUGUCAGUUUAUAAUGACACUAGAAUGCCAGUCCCACUCAAAGUGCAGUUAUGUGAUAACCUUGGAAACCCUUCAGAUGAGCCCAAUGUUAAGGUGGUCCUGAACUGUGACAGAGGACUUAAGGUGAGAAUAUGAAAUAGAAAUGGUUAACACAUAGCAACCAUGAUAAUACUUCAACUAAAUCCAAAUGUAAAUGUUUUAUUUUUUAUUUGUACAUAGUUGACUCCAACACCUGCUGUUCAGAAGACAGAUGACAAAGGUCAAGCUUCCUUUGGUCUUCUCACUGUUAGUGCAGUAAGGUAUGUGGCACAAUGAGACAGACUACUAUGGUCCAUUCUUAAUUUUUCAUCACAUACAGACAUAACAUUAAGUGAAAAGAGUAGAACUUGAUAUAAUCCUGCAAUAUCUAACCCAAUGUGAGUCAGGCAUUCAGAGUAGGACAUCUGUGAGAUGAACUGUACUUGACAAAUGAAUUCUCAUGACUUUCUCUUCACAAAAUACAUCUUGAUCAUCAAUGAAAAAUUAACGUUUGUUCUUCAAACACAGGGGGAUGUAUGGAAUACGAAUCAAAGCUCUCUUGGGAAGAACAGCUUUAGAUGCACCAACAGUGAAUAUUAGGUAAGUUAAGCCCAAAGGAAGUGAUUCAAUCUUGUUUUUAUCAGUUUUUUGAUGUACUUUGUUAUUUUUCCUUUUUUUUUUUUUUUUUUUUUUUUUCAGAGUGGAGCCAGACCCAUCCAAAGCUGUUAAACUCACUGUCACAUUUGACUCCAAAGCUCCAUGUGUGGUUGGAGAACUGUUACCAGGUUAGUUAUGAACCUAUUUCUUCAAAAUAGAGUUUUGAUCUUUAUUUAUCUUAAUUUUCCUUUCUAAAUUUAUAACUGUUAGGUCUUCUAGUUUUUUAAACUUAAGAAUGGUAAUGAAGGUGUGCAUUUGUUCUUUCAGUUGUUUCAGCUCAUGUUGUAGGAGAGGAUGAAGCUGUUAUGAAAGCAGCAAGUGCUAAAGAUAUUGUUUUGAAGAUUUGGCACACAAAGGAUGGUCCAGUAUCUGACAAACCCCCACCUCGGGUAAGAUGGUCUAAGUACUUCUACGAGAAUUAGUUAUGUGCUGUGGAGGGCUCUUUCAAAGACAUUUGAAACUCAAGAAAAAGGUCAUCAUGAUAGGUCUGGGAAGUUUGGGAUAGGUUAACUUUGUGUUAUUUGGGUUAUUGCAUGAUCCUGUUUAUUCUCCUUCAGUUGUAUUGAUAAUUUUUAUUUUCAAGGCUACAACUUUGUAUCCAUCAAAAAGAAAAAACUCAGAUAAAGAAGGCGAAUUCUACUUCAGGUUUGUUAUUUGCUCAAGUUAAGUGGUUUUAUUUGACACAUUUUACAUCCGUUUUCCUCAGUGCUUUUAUGAGAGGUUUGCAAUGCACUUUAAUCAUUCUUACAUCACUGACCAUGUCUGUGUUGAUCCUGUAGAGACCUGAAGGUGCCUGAUGUGUCUGGACCAUAUUGUAUGGUGAUACAGUUUGGAUCAGUAGGAGUUGUCACCCUCUCAAGUAAACCAGUAAGUGGAUGUACUAUUUUGUGGAACAUAAAUUGUGAUGAGGAUUCAAAUUUAAGCCAGAAUUUUAUACAAACAAUGGCAUGUCACUUUCACUUUCUGGUUAAAAUAAACAACUCUGUAAAGUAGGGUGAUAAUGCAUCAUAUAUUUACAGAUCACAUUUACAGCAAUGCCUGGUCAGCCUGUGAAACUUGAACCAGAAUCCAUUCCAGCAACACCAACUGUUUCCAACACUCAGAGGACUAACAGCCGAACACUGGUGAAGACACUCAAAUUACAGCUUAAGGUCAGCUUCAUGAACUUUUCCCUUGCUAUCAUUUGUAUGAGUUUUAUUCAAAAAUAAUUUCAAUUGCAUUUUGGAUUGAAUAAGAGAGGAUAACUUUUCCAUUGACUGAGUCCUAAUUAUAAUUCUAAAUGGCACUAUAAAAACAUAUAGUUAUCUUUUUUAUAAUAUCUAUUGAAAUUCAACUUUGUGCUUUCAAUUUUAAUUUUCUGCACUGGUUAAAAUUAUUUGAUAAGCUCAAAUCCUAUGAUCCCAUGUCUGCAUUUACUUCAUUAGAUCUGUUUGCACCAAGUGUCUAGUUUGUUUUAGGAUCAUCUCAUGAUAUUUGAGUUGAUCUUAUAUUAUGCUGGAAAUCAGUUUAAAAUGGCUGCUUUAAACUUGAUGGACUUGAGUUUUUUUUUUUUUUUGCCCUUUGUGCAUUGUUAUUUAUAUAUUUAUUUCUGUCUCUUGUAUGGGUUUAAUUAGUUUUGUUGGAGUUUGGCUUUUAAGUAUUUUUCUGAUGGAUAACACUACAUUAUCAAAUGCACAACCAAAAAUUACCAUGCUGUACAUGGAGGAUGAUUGCCUUCUGAUACUAAAUUGUUCAUGUUAAAGUGCUCUUAACAUUGUUUUCAGGACAAAUUUGAUAACCUAACUGGUGAGAAUAUCCGGGGUAAAGUUGUUAUUACAGUGAGCACUCCAUCUGAAGGCAUCGACGAGAUCCCUGCCCUAGCUGGGAAUGUGUACCGCAUGGAAGUACCCCUCCUCAAGGGCACGGCCAAUGUCCAGAACUUACUUAUACAAGAAAACACUGCAGGCAAAGAUGGACAAGAAUACCUGCUUAACUUUGAGACUCAGAUCCCAGCUAAUGCCUCUCCUCAUCCUAUUCCACCAUUUACUCUUGCUUUCUUGUUUUACAAUGGUGAGUUCUUUCUAGUCUGCAUUGUGUGAAGUUAUUAGAAUUUGAAACAACUGUUGUCUUUCUCCGGCAAGGAAACAUUUGAGUUAGUUUGCCCAUUCUUGAAUUUUAUUUGGUUACCUUUAGUGAGUGUGUUGUACUCAAAGUGUUGAAGAUCCGAAUUAAAGGGAACUUUUUGUUAUGUUGUAUUAUAUUUUGAAGAUGUCAGGAAACAACAGCAAAUGGCUCAGCUGACAAAAGAGAGAGAUCACUUAUUUGAAACAAUUCGAACUUACCGUCUUCUGUUUGAAACUACACGGCAACUUAUCAAUGAGAUGCAAGGUUAGAAUUAGUUGGAUUUGGUUAAUGGUCCAUUUAUAGAUUUUCAUAUCCAGGUGUUAACAAUGGUCUAUUCUGUUGAUACUUUAGAGUAUUUUAUAUUAAUUUUUUAUAUGUAUAUACACUAAAAAUAGCAUUUCAAAUUCAGUUUCAGUACAUGAAGCAUCCUUACAUGAACAAAAGAUUAGAGGAGAACUUAGAAAGCAGAACAUUCCAGCCAGUACCUUGGCAACAGUGAGAGAAAAGACCUUUUUCUUCUUGCAUUUAAAUUUUGUUUUGUUAAAUUUGGCUCCAUGCCAUCUGUUCCCUCAUGCAAACUUAAUUGCAUUGAUUAAUAAUUAUAUUUGUGUGUUUUUAGCCUGCAGCUGUGACGUCAGCUAUAAAUGAUUUCUCCAGGAAGCGAGAUCAGAUUGCCAGCACUCCGCGGAGACAAUGUCUUUUACAUCCAGGACCACGAGGAGACUCAGGCAUCCUGGGAAAGGUUUGUUGAACUGGGAAAUAACAUACUUUUGAGACUGUAAUCUUACACCUUUGUGAUAUCUAUCGUUUGACUUUCACUUCAACAUGUUCAUAAGAGAAAAUCUUUGCUAGACCUUCUUUUGUCACUGACUUGAAAUCAGGAUGGUUGUUGGUUCCUCAGUAACUUAGCGCAGUUUGUGUGAUAAACAAGAAAGGGUUCUAUUUAGCAGAAGGUUUGGUUACAAUUUAGUACUGUGCCCCCCUAUACAGGUUGCUCGUUUAGCAGAAGGUUUUGUUACGAUUUAGUACUGUGCUCCCCUCUACAGGUCGCUUAUUUUGCAGAAGGUUAGGUUACAAUUUAGUACUGUGUCCCCCUAUACAGGUUGUUCAUUUAGCAGAAGGUUUGGUUACAAUUUAGUACUGUGUUCCCCUAUACAGGUUGCUCAUUUAGCAGAAGGUUUUGUUACAAUUUAGUACUGUGUCCCCCUAUACAGGUUGCUCAUUUAGCAGAAGGUUUGGUUACAAUUUAGUACUGUGUCCCCCUAUACAGGUUGCUCAUUUAGCAGAAGGUUUUGUUACGAUUUAGUACUGUGUCCCCCUCAACAGGUCAUUUAUUUAGCAGAAGUUUUUGUUACAAUUUAUUACUGUGCCCCCCUCUACAGGUCGCUCAUUUAGCUCAAGUAGUGGAUGAUGAUGUAGCACGGGUUUUGUCAUGGCACAUGGCUUCUGAUAUGGACUGUGUUGUCACUCUUACCACUGAAAAGGUUUGUUCAACUCAAACUGCAAUAAAGGUGUUAAACAUUUGUUAUCUGGCUCUUCCAAAGCAAUCGAACCUCAAAAUGCAUUAGUCAGAAGCUUCACCACUACUGAGCAAGUGAUAACCAGUUGUUAUAGGCAAGGUUCAUAAUUAUUUGUCUGACUCAUUGUAUAUUGCAAGGAUCAGCAAUGUUGAAUCCGUCUUGUUUGAAGAUAGAGUAAGCAACUUUGUGCUUCAAGAAAAGAAAGAUAUUUCAUAGAGUCUACAUCCUAGUUGAAAAAAAUAGCAACUUGAAAUACACACCAUCAAUAUACAGUAUGUUGAAUUUGCUGUAAGUUGUAGAAAUUGUUGAUUAGCGCAUGAUAUCUCUAGCUUGUAACUGUAUGGACUGUUUCAGGCCAAGCAAGUGUAUCGUGAUUCAAAUGGUCAGCAGCAGGUUCUUCCCUUAGAUUCCAUAUUCAGACGAAGUUUACCAGAAUGGAACAGGUGAGCUACAGCUUCAACGCUUAAUAUGAUUUUUUAUCAUUUACCAGUCACUUAUCAUCAUUGCUUAUUCUGUGAUCACUGGUUUUCUUACAGACCGCUGCCACAUGUACGAGGUUCAAAUAACUACACUCCCACGGGGAACCCAGUUUAUGCUCGAGAUAUGCUGCUAUUCCCUGCAGAAGGAGACAACUGCAAACUCGGUAAACCAAGGACACCUAGUAACAGUGUUUAAUCAUUUAAAAUUAGAAAAAUUCUAUUAAUGGCAACUGAGGGUUCCUCUUAACGUCUCUGCUCAUGAAUACAGCACUACGAGUUUAAUUGGAAAAUGUUAUUUGCUCAUUUUUCGUAAGCCAUUCUCCCUUUACUAUGAAAUAAAUGUAUGUGAUGAUAGUUGUAUUUUGAGGAAAACUGCGAGAAAGUUAAAACCUCUGAAUUCACAAAUGGAGGUGCCCUCAGUUGAAGUAACUCUUUUACCUUCUAGUGUUUGGUAUGUUGCUUGGCGACACUUUGAUCCUUGAUGAUCUGGAUUGUGCAAAUAAAUACAGACAGGAGGUGAGUAGCAUGGGAGAUGUGUGCAGUGCUAACACUUUAAGUUAACUCUUACUCUUUUCUUACUGUUUACAUCAUUCUAUGGAAGGUUGUGAAGUACACUCACUGUCCAACAAUUUUGACGAGGAGUGGGGAUCGUAUCAGGAGUAACGGUAAGCUACAGCUACUAGACAGAAUAUACCAAUUAAAGUAGUGAUCUAACCCCAACCCUAAGCUUACCUCCAAGUAAAGCGAAGGAUUUUUUCAUACAACGUCAUGUUACUAGAAAAUUUUCAUCCGUUGAGUAGCUGUUCUCUGAUCUGUUGCCAAAUACAGCUCUUUAGCACAAGAGUAAAGUGGUAAGUUUGUAAAGAAACUGUGGUGCUGCGUUGGUGGGAGAGUAUAGCAGGUAAUUUAGUGUUAACAACUGAGUUGAAAACGUAAAUUAGCCGCCGUAAAGGGUAAAAAAGCUGACGUUUCGAGCGUUAGCCCUUCGUCAGAGCGAUAGAUUAGAUUAGGCUAAGAAAAGACUACUGACAACUUUGUCUUCUUUGUUUAGGGAAGUUUGGUGGUCUUCAGAAUAAAGCUCCUCCGUUAGAGAGAAUGCGUGGCGCUGUAUUUGCUGCACCACUUCCCCUUGCUUUUCAUUCAUUUACAACACAAAUCGGUGAGUAAUUCUGGGCAGGUUAGUCAUUUGUUUAAUAUCUUAGGUGAGAAAGGAAUGCCCACUACCCGACACUUUCAUGUGGUGUGUUAUUUGUGUAUUUUGUAUACUUGCAGAACAACUACAGCAAUUUAAACAAGCCGUUCUGAAACAUGCUCAAGCCAAAGAGGAACUUUCCGUAAGUUUGGCACACGUCAUAAAAAGAGUAUUCGCCUCGUAUGAUUCCUGUGCUAGCAGCAGUGCUAAUACAAAUUUAAUUUUGUUACCAUAGCUACAGCUACAGCACGGACAAACUGAGGAGAUGAAAGUCAAGCAUCGCGAGUGUAGAGAGGCAGAAACUCAACUGCGCAUGAUUGAAGAGCGCCUUGGUAUGACACCAACACAGUAUAAUAUGCCUCCAAGUCCUGCCACUAUGUUACUCACAGAGCUCAGCACACCACCAGCAAGGACUGCUACAUCUCGUCGCGCAGGCGCGCGAGCUGCAGCAGCUGCCUCUGCGUCUCCAACUUUGUUGAAUUCAGUUGUAAAUGGAACAAAUAACACCUCUGCAAAUACGAGUUCUCCGCGAACAAGACGAGGCGCUCCCGUUGCUACCGAAGACAUCCGUUUCAGUAAGCGGACACGGCGAUGAAAAAAGAAGACUUUGCAUUGUUAUUAGCUUCUUGAUUUUUUCUUUGAAAUUGCCAUUCUAAUUUAAAACGUUUUAUUUCAGCGCAACUAUUUUGUCCUACACAAACAAAAUUGUGUAAAUUCAGAAAUCCAGUCAUAACUUAGAUGUAAUUUGUUUUAAACGCGAGCACACCACAUAAAUCUACCCAUACAUGAUUGUUCGAUAACUUCCGCCUUCUUGCGUCAGUCACCAGUCACAUGUACACUUGGACCCUGUUGUUUAAAGGAUGGAUAACCCUAUCCUCUGGAUACAUUUCAAUCCAAUGGAUAGUGCAGUGCAUUGCACCAACAUUUAUCCAUUAAACAGCAUUCUUUGCCCUUUGAACAAGCCGGGCCCGUAGUUUUUAAUUGUUUUAGACUUGUUCUGAAUGAAAAUAAUGAUGAUUCCAGUUUGAUGUACAUCAUGUUAACUUAUACCAUUUACCCUCUAUGAACUUAAUUUCAAUAUUUAUGAGAAUGCAUAUGAGGAUAGUUGCCUUGAAAUUUAGUAGAUCUGAGGUAAAUAUACUUUUUAUGUUGUCAACCCAAUAUUUAUUAGUACGAUUUGGAGCAGUGUUUUUCUCACUCUGUGAAAUGCAAUCACUUGUUUUUGAGUUGCAGUUCCUUGGUUAGCACUUAACCAAAUAAGACAGUGAUGCUGCUCACUGAUCAGAUGGGUUAAUACAUUUUGUUUUUGGUGCUUUUCACCUAAUUGCAUUCAUAUUUGUAACUCUUAAAACAACAGUAUGGAGAAUUUUAUUAUGAUAAAAUGUAUGAGGCUUAAACAGCAAG